GCUUGGGUCGUGCUGCCUUUUAAAGCAAGCAGACACAGCAUGUCAUUCUCUACUCUGCCAGAGGACGGGCCACGGUGAGGAGCUACUGUGGCAUUUUACCCACCCUACCCCCAGUUGCCAUCCCAUAGUGUAUGUUGUUUUGUUUCGUUUAUACCCUUUUUUAGUUUACGCGUAUAGCUAGUUAGCCCUCAAACAUGUACAGGUAUUUCGGUGAGCUCCUCACCCGCUCCGCGGGGAGUGCUCUGGCCUCGGGGUGCGUGGACUCUGCUCUGCCCGCUACCUCGUCUCUUAUGCGGGUCCGCAACUAUGCCAACGCCGCGGACGUGCCAGACGAUCCCAAUUUCUUCAGGAUGGUCGAGGGCUUCUUCGACCGCGGCGCUUCCAUUGUCGAAGACAAGCUGAUCGAAGACCUGAAGACCCGGGAAACCCCCGAGCAGAAGAGAAACCGUGUGCGGGGAAUCCUGCGCAUCAUCAAGCCCUGUAACCACGUCCUCAGCGUGUCUUUCCCCAUCAAGAGGGACAACGGCGAGUGGGAGGUGGUGGAGGGCUACCGGGCCCAGCACAGCCAGCACAGGACACCUUGCAAAGGGGGUAUCCGAUACAGCCCUGAUGUGUCCGUAGACGAGGUGAAGGCCCUGGCCUCUCUCAUGACCUACAAGUGCGCCGUGGUUGAUGUGCCAUUCGGCGGAGCCAAAGCUGGAGUCAAGAUCAACGUCAAGAAUUACUCUGACAACGAGCUGGAGAAGAUCACAAGGAGGUUCACCAUCGAGUUGGCCAAGAAGGGGUUCAUCGGGCCUGGCAUCGACGUCCCCGCCCCGGACAUGAGCACCGGAGAGAGGGAGAUGUCCUGGAUCGCCGACACCUACGCUAACACUAUUGCACAUACCGACAUCAAUGCCCACGCCUGUGUGACCGGUAAGCCCAUCAGCCAGGGAGGCAUCCACGGGCGCAUCUCGGCCACCGGUCGUGGUGUGUUCCACGGCAUCGAGAACUUCAUCCAGGAAGCGUCAUACAUGAGCAUGGUCGGCCUGACCCCGGGCUUCCAGGACAAGACCUUCAUUGUGCAGGGCUUCGGUAACGUGGGCCUCCACUCCAUGAGGUACCUGCAUCGCUUCGGGGCCAAGUGCGUGGGCGUGGGCGAGAUCGACGGCUCCAUCUACAACCCCGAGGGCAUCGACCCCAAGCAGCUGGAGGACUACAAACUGCAAAACGGCACCAUCGUGGGCUUCCCCGGGGCCCAGCCGUACGAGGGCAGCAUCCUGGAGGCCGACUGUCACAUCCUGAUCCCCGCCGCCGGCGAGAAGCAGCUGACCCGCAACAACGCCCCCAGGAUCAAGGCCAAGAUUAUCGCAGAGGGCGCCAACGGCCCCACCACCCCCGAAGCCGACAAGAUCUUCCUGGAGAACAAUGUCAUGGUCAUCCCCGACAUGUACCUGAACGCCGGCGGUGUGACCGUGUCGUACUUUGAGUGGCUGAAGAACCUGAACCACGUCAGCUACGGCAGGCUGACCUUCAAGUACGAGAGGGACUCCAACUACCACCUGCUCAUGUCUGUGCAAGAGAGUCUGGAGAGGAAGUUUGGCAAGCAGGGAGGACCCAUUCCUGUGGUUCCCACUGCUGACUUCCAGGCUAGGGUUGCUGGUGCCUCUGAGAAGGACAUCGUGCACUCUGGGCUAGCUUACACCAUGGAGAGAUCUUCCCGGCAAAUCAUGCGCACGGCCAGCAAGUACAACCUGGGCCUGGACCUCCGGACGGCGGCCUACGUCAACGCCAUCGAGAAGGUGUUCAAGGUCUACAGCGAGGCGGGGCUUACCUUCACCUAAACGGCCAAUUGCGCUCCACCUCCCGCCGACGAGAUCGCGUUCCCCAUUUCGCCCUCUUAGUCGUCAUCAUCAUCAGUGCCGCCCAAACCCAAACCAUCCCCCCCCCCCGCGCGCCUCGCCGCCCUGAAGAACACAUCUGAGUUUACAUGGUGGACGUCUGUCCCUCUGUCUAUCUGUCCCCCUUCGUGCCGUAACACAAAGAACCACAAUUCUGUUCUGGUUUUUGAAGAUCUUAUUUUAUAUAUACGAAGCAAAAAGAAGAAGUCCAGCUGCGCUAAAUGUUGCUAGUCAGUUCAUUCGUGGGCGUGUUCAGCCCUGUUCAUUUUUUUUUUGUAUUUUGUUUGGUGCCAUUCCGCCAGAGCAUAAGAUGCCUUAGUUCAGAAUGAAUUCCUGUGGUUUAUACAAAGUUGUAUGUCUAUAUGUAACACCAGAUACAGGUUAGAGAAGGUGGGUUUAAGAUACUGGGCCAGAGGGGGAGUGUGUCAAAUUUUGAGUUUUAUUUUAAAUUCCUAUAAAUGUUAACGUUUUUCAACGUAUGCUCCUCCCCCCCCCCCCCCCCCCCUGCCAGGGUUCGCUAUCAGUUAUGCUCUGUUCCAGUAUACCCUGUUUUGUAAGACUGUUAGUCUGUGGCUAAGACAGACAGGCAAAGGUUGUGAGAGUAGGAGUGAUGAGUGAUGAUGUUCACUGUGACAGUAGUUGUUCAAAUGGUCCGCUUCCCGCCGUCCACGUUCUGGCGCUACACAAAUGUUGUCUCUAUGUUGAAAACCAAUAAAACAGAAUGAAAAACACAAA